AUGGCGAGCAAUAUUGGAGCUAUCCAGUCCGCAGUUCUGCACCUAAUGCCAACUCAGACGAGGAAAACGAAGACGUCCAUAGAUUUAGUCAUCUACAAGUGGAUGUGUUACAAUGACCGACGACGUUCCGGUGCUUCAGCUCCGACCCACCCGAACCGACGCGGCUCGAACGGCAGGGCUGAGGUGGACCCCCCCUCCCCACACAAACACACCCCCAGCUGCCGAGCGCAUCCCCCCCGGCCUGCGAGUCCGCUGUGCUGGCUGCUGUGGAGUCAGCUGCUUCCUGGGCGCCAUCGGUGGAGGCUUCCUCGCAGGGCGAAGCAUCUUGAUGCCCAUGGGCAUCGCACAUUGAAUGAGAGCUCAUCAUCAGACAGAGGAGCUUCAGCAGAGACCGGGACCAGCUGUCCUGCAGCGCUAACCAAGUCUUCACCUGCACUCCUGCUGCACACUCAGCAGGUUUCCAUGUCAAAGUCGGCUCAGAUGCCGCUGUCCAACAUCUCUGUGCCAAAGCCCUCCAUCUCCAGGGUUCCCAGCAGCAUGGAGGGCAUCAACCAUGAGCUGGAGAAGGUCUUCAUCAAAGACAACGGAGAAAAGGAGGAGCUCAAGUCCCUAGAGGUCCCAGACGGCCGUCGGGCCCCCUUCCCCCCACAGCAACGCAGCAGCAGCUCCCGCAGCGCAGACACUCAGACCCCAUCAGGCCCGGGCCGAUCCAGCAGCUGCUCCAGCCUGUCGCCGUGUCCCUCCCCAGCCUGCCCACCAGGAUCCCACGACGGUAGCCCGUACUCGACAGAGGACCUGCUGUACGAGCGGGACAAAGACAGUGGAAGCAGCUCUCCUCUGCCUAAGUUCGCCUCGUCGCCUAAACCCAACAACAGCUACAUGUUCAAACGGGAGCCUCCUGAGGGCUGUGAGAAGAUCAAAGCCUUUGAGGAGAUGAGCUCCAGACAGUCUGCAUCGCCCUCUGCCCCCCUCUUCUCCUGCCCCGACAAAAACAAGGUUAACUUCAUCCCCACAGGCUCCGCCUUCUGCCCCGUCAGACUCCCCGGCUCCCUGCAACUGGCUGCGGCCCUGGAGCCCGGCCAGGACGGCACGGCGGCCUCGCAUCCACAGGGGGCGUCCUCGCUCCAAGGCGCCCCCGCUCAGGUCUCCACGAGCACCAGCACAGACGACCCCCCCGAGGAGCCCUCACCCUCAGAGACUGCAGAGCCCGAGCAGGACAGCUAAACCUGAACAGAGCUGGACUCUGUCUCCUGGCCCCUCCUAGUGAGCACCACAACCCACUGUCCUGGCGGGGAGGGGGGGACGCUCUUUGUGCUGACCCUCUUCCGAUCCCUUCUGUCUCUGCAUGACACAGCAACCACGUUCCCCGAGCUCCACCCCAAUGACUCCACCUAGACUCGCGCUCUGUGCUGCAGAAAGCCCGACUGUCUGCGUGAACGCAGCCGGGGGGUGGGGGGUGGGGCAUGCAUCUUAAUGUGGUAGUAUAUUUCUGAUUAAGUUAUAUGUUCAAUUCUGUUCUCACUGUACAAAUAAGCUGCAGACAUAUAUAGAUAAAUAUAUAUAGAAAGAGAUAUAUAAAUACAUUAUGAAGUGUGCUAGGAAGACUGCUGGGUCACUGAUCUGGCUAUAGAGGGAAUCAUCUGCCCCACCGAGUGCAGUGCCCCCUGCUGGUGACUUUAGCACACACUGACCGGGGCAGCUCCUCCUCCUCCUCCUGCUGCUUGUGAUAAAAACUCUCUGUGGAGAAGGUCAAGAGAGGACCGAUUGGAGAUGCAGCAUUUGUGAACAUCUGUAGUUAUUCUUAAUUGCAGCAACUGCUUUUAGUCGAACGGGACCACGGAGCUGCAGAUGCUGCACACUCACAGUUUUAGAGGGGUUGAACUCUCCGACCCGUGUGGAUUAAGAAUCUCUCUUUCAGGAUGUCUGUAAUGAAGUGUGCUGCAGGAAAUACAAAGUUACAGAUUAAUCUCAUGAAAAUGAAACAUCUAUAGUUCAGGUUUUACUCAUGAUUGUUCAAAUUUGAUAUAAUCAGAACAAAUCUCAGUUCAAAAUGAAACUGCAACCAUGGACCAGUCAGAGUGAAAACGUUUAGCUGAUGUUCGCUUCAUUGCAAGCAUUUUUUGUUCAUGUUUUUGAUGUUUAACACACACGUUUCUUCAUCAUUCAGACAUCUGUAGUUAAAAAUUCCACCAACGGAAAGUUCUGUCUAAUAUGAGGUUUCUGGUCUUGUUUGAGAGCUUCAGAUCUCCGUGUUUCUGUGCGUCCGCUCGGCAUCCAGCUCUAUUCCGUAGCCAUUCCAAGUCAAACCAUUCCCGGCACCUCAUCCUCUGAAGGAGGGUGGAAGUAGGACCAGCAGGCAGCUCCGAGGAAAACCCACAAAUCAAAAAUAGCCUGCGGAGGUUGUGUUCCUGCCCCCCGCCCCCCACCCCGUGCACCUUUACGCACUAUGGCAAUAAAUCUGGUUGUCUGGUCCA